GUGAUAGGUUCCUGGUCUAUUCUGAGGAAUUAGGUCUUGAUUCUUCAGCCCUAUAAAAGGGGAAUAAGUUGCACAGAGAGAGAAAGAGUGAGAGAGAGAAAGGGAGAGAGUGAGCGAGCACAAGCCGUCUUCCUGUUCUCUCUCCUUCAUCAAGGCAAGAUAGGUCUACUAAAUAGUUGAAGGAGCGGAACAGAUAAGCGCCAGCUGCAUGUGGGCGUUCUGGCACAUCCUGGAACCGCUUGGGGCAAGGCCGAUCACCCUUGAGCGAAAAUUAACAUCUCAGGGAAGCCAUGACUACGACGAAGAUCCUGCUGCCUUUGGCUGGGUUACUGUUACUGAGUGGUCAAACCAGAGCAGCAUUUCAAGGAAAGCAAUUCAUCAUGGCCUUCAUGGAAAAUUUUGAGACGAGAUGGCCCUCUGAAACAAGCCUGCAACUGUUCCUCACUGGUUACCAUAAUUCCACCACGGUAACUGUGACAAAGUCCAAAUCAUCCACCCGGAAAAGCUUUUCAGUCGGAGAAGGCAAAAUGUUGCCCGUGCAGAUCCCAGCGACAGCUGAGAUGCAAGGCAGCAACACCUUCGAUGACUCCAUUUUGAUUCAGGCCGACAAUGACAUUUCUGUUGUCUUAAUGCACCGGAAGUUAUAUUCUGUGGCCACUAUGACUGUCUACCCAGUCCAUAAGCUCGGCAGACUGUAUUAUAUCGUAACCCCACCUGGCACAAGGUCAUCAAACUACUUAAAAGAAUUUGCAGUCAUAGCCUGGCAAGCUCCAACAAGAGUGGAUAUUGAUCUGAAAGGGAAUGUGGUCUUCAAGGGAGUGUCGUAUGCUGCAGGGAGCAAACUCACCAUUAACCUUUCACCUUUCCAAGCAGCCCAACUUCAAAGCUCAGAUGAUCUGUCCGGGACCAGGAUUGAGUCGUCAGCAGCAGUGGCAGUCUUGAGUGGGCAUGUUUGCGUCCAACAAAAUUAUUAUUGUGACCACGUCGCUGAGCAGCUCCUGCCAGUACCCAGCUGGGGCACUACCUUCAUUGUCCCCUCUGUCUCUCUCCAGACCAAUCCUGAUCUUGUAUACGUGGUGGCUUCCCAAAACACUCGUAUUCACUACCAGUCAGGGCAUCUAAAAAGCUUCCAAGACAUGGUGGCUGGAGAAGUCAGCCAUUUUGAGUUCCACUAUCCUCAGGCAUUUUAUAUCACUGCUAAUGUUGGGAUUCAGGUCCUUUUGUUUUUCACCGGUGUCAAGAUACAAAAAAUCGGCUAUGAUCCAUUCCUCAUUAACAUCCCACCCAUAGCAAGCUAUGGCCGAUCCUACUACGUUGAUGGACUGGGCAGAUUUGAGAACUAUGUGGCCAUUAUAGCAAAGAGCUCUGAAGCCAGCCGCAUAACCAGGGACAAGUCAGCUAUCAGAGGGUUUCAAUGGAGAGAGAUUCCUGGCACACAGUACUCAUGGAGUGAACGCAAGUGGGAUGUGACAACCAGGACCAUCUUCCUAGAGCAUCCCGACACAAACUUUGGUGUCUUGGUCUUCGGUAACAGGAACUAUGAGGGCUAUGGCUUCGCUCCACCACCAUUUGGGUCAUUUGAUCCUGCUCCGGUCCCAGAUGUAGUCCAGUUGACCUGUCCUGAGAACACCCAUUACGAGGCCUGUGGAACAGCCUGCCCAGCUACCUGCUCUGACCGUUCUGCUCCCUCCAAGUGCAAUGAGCCCUGUGUAGGAAGUUGCCAGUGCAAUGAGGGCUUCGUCCUCAGCGAUGAUCAGUGUGUCCCAGUGGACAGCUGCACUUGCACUCACAAUGGCAUGACCUACAAAGCACGGGAAGAAUUCUGGGCUGAUGAAGUCUGCCGUACUCGCUGCCAGUGUAACCCCAGAUCAGGACGGCCUGUUUGCCUCAAGUCGUCCUGCAAGGACAAUAAGAAAUGCCUCAUGGUCAAUGGGGUCCGAGGCUGCCAUGAGGUCAGCUACACCACCUGCACAGCCUUUGGGGAACCUCACUACACCACCUUCGAUGGAAAGAGAUACGAUUUCAUGGGAACCUGUGUUUAUCAGAUGGCGGGGCUAUGCACAGAGAACCCCAACCUCACCCCAUUUUUGGUGACGGUGGAGAAUAACAACCGAGGCAGUAAGGCAGUGUCCUACACCAAGGUGGUGACUCUGGAGGUCUACAACAUGACCAUCAGCCUGAGCCAAGGGUAUCCACGCAAGGUCCAGGUCAAUGGAGUCUCUAUGAACCUGCCAUUCUACUAUGAGAAUAAACUGAAGGUCUACACCAGUGGAGUCCAUGGCUUCAUCAAGACAGACUUUGAUCUGAGAGUCAGCUUUGACUGGCACAGCCAUGCCAGGGUCAUUAUUCCCAACAUGUAUGCUGAUUCUGUCUGUGGACUCUGUGGCAAUGCCAAUCAGGAUUCUAGUGAUGACUUUAACAUGAAGGAUGGAGCUCAGGCAAGGGAUGUAUAUGAGUUUGCAAAGAGUUGGAAGCUCCACGAGAUCUCAGGGUGCUCAGAAGGUUGCACCAAUAACUGUCCAGUGUGCAGUCCAGCAGAUGAGCGAUUGUACAAUGGUCAACAGUAUUGCGGGAUCCUCACCAGGAAGGAUGGACCAUUCAGGCAGUGCCAUGGAGUCAUUGACCCAACAUACUACUUUGAUGACUGUGUCUUUGACACCUGCCUAUACAGGGGUCUCCGUGACAAUCUCUGCAGUGCCAUCAGUGCUUACGUGACAGACUGCCAAGCUCAGGGCAUUCAGAUUGGGCAGUGGAGAUCCACCUCCUUCUGUAGCAUUUCCUGUCCACGUAAUUCCCACUACAAACUCUGUGGCAAUGGCUGCCCCACCACUUGUCACCAGCUCUCGGCUCCAGAAACAUGUGAGAGUCCAUGUGUAGAAGGCUGUUUCUGUGACUCUGGAUUCAUCCGCAGCGGGGACCAAUGUGUCCCUCUUACCGAGUGUGGCUGUGCGCACCACGGCACAUACUACAAGAAGGGGGAGCAGUUCAUUCCAUUCUCCUCCUGCCAGGAGACGUGUGAAUGCACCGAUCUCGGCACCGUCAAGUGCCAGCAGUUCUCCUGCGGAGCUCAGGAAGAGUGCAAGGAGGAGAACGGCAUCCGAGGCUGCUACCCUGUGGGAUACGGGACGAUGACAACAUACGGCAACCUCCAUCAUAUUUCCUUCGAUGGACAAAGUUUUGAUUUCCGUGGCGCCGGCACUUACAACUUAGUCAAAGUCUUUGGCGAGGACACAGUGCAAGAGAAGUUCUCAGUGUCGGUGGAAAAUGAGAAGCAGGAUGAUGGGACAAUUAUUUUGGAAUCUGUUGUAAUCAACAUUGAUGAACAUAUGGUUGUCUUGGAAAGAGGAAUGCAAUGGAAAGCUACGGUGGAUGAAGAAUUCUACAGUUUGCCACUGAACAGAGAUGAUGGGAAAUUUCAGAUCACCCAAGAAGGGAACAAUAUCAUUUUCCAGUCAUCUGAUGGAUUCAGUGUCAUCUAUGAUACCGCCUCAUAUGUCAGUGUUUCUGUCCCCAUCACCUACCAGGGACACCUGAAUGGUCUCGGGGGCAACUUCAAUGGUGAUAGCACGGAUGAUUUCAUGAUGUCCGAUGGAAAGCUCACAGACAAUGUAGAUGAGUUUGGGGCCUCUUGGAAUGUCCCUGGGGCUGGUGGCAGUUGCUCAGAUAGCUGUGUAGAGGAACUACCUGACUAUAAUUCAGAUGAGGCAAUACAAUAUACGGAUGGACAGUACUGUGGAAAGAUCAAGUCUGAGAAAGGCCCAUUUAGUGACUGUCACUCAUUGGUGAGCCCUGAUGUGUACUUUGACAACUGCCUGUAUGAUAUGUACGUGUCCAAUGGGGCACAAGAAUCCCUCUGUCGAAGCCUUCAAGCCUACGUAGCUGCAUGUCAGGCAGCUGGAGCCAGUAUUGAAGCUUGGAGAACAGCCUCCAUCUGUCCCCUCACCUGCCCAACCAACAGCCACUAUGAGAUAUGCACCACACUUUGCGAUUUUAGCUGUGCAAGUUUGUACACUCCAAUCCAUUGCACAAAGAAAUGCUUUGAAGGCUGCCAGUGCAAUGAUGGCUGCAUGUUUGAUGGUGGUAACUGUGUGCCUAUAGACCAAUGUGGCUGUGUGCAUGGUGGAUUGUACCUCAAGGCUGGAGAGAGCAUCUUCUCUAGCAACUGCGUGGAGAGAUGCACGUGCAGAGACUCAGGCCGGGUUACCUGUGAGGAAACCAGUUGCGGGGCGGAUGAGAUCUGUGCACUUAAGAACGGCGUGCGCGGCUGUAAGCGCAAGGAAGGCCAGUGCAAAGUCACGCCAGCGGCCCAGCUCACUUCCUUUGAUGGCGCCUCAGGAAAGUACCUCUGCAGUGGGGUGUAUGAUGUGGCCUCUGUAUGCGAUGAAAGCACCGACACCUGGUUCAGGGUGACGGUGAGCAUUGGAAAGGACAGCGAUGACGCCCUGGUAGUUGGAAAGGCCAUUUAUGUUUACUUCCGGGAUGCAUCCAUCACUGUGAAAAAAAACAAUAGGAUAUGGGUAAAUGGGCGCUCGGUAACUCUGCCAUACAAGGUCACCAAUGCUGUGUCUGUGAGCAAGGUUACAGAUGGGAUCCUGAUUGACCAAGCCACUCAGAUGCAGGUCCUGUUUCAUCCCAGUGGAGAGGUGGCAGUAAAAGUUAAGGAGACCUUUGGAGGGAAGCUCUGUGCCCCAUGUGGAAACUUCAAUGGAGACAGCACAGAUGACCUGAAGCUUCCCAGUGGGAAGUCCGAGGAGAACACGUCUGAAGUCCUCCAUGCUUGGAAGGCCAAGGACUUCUAACAGGAGGUGCAUCAUUUUUGGAAGAUAUUGGUGAAUCAAGGGGAGCAGAGUGGAAGAGACUGAAACCAUACAAGAACUGUGGAUAUGUCUGAGAGGUCUUUUAGUGUGCAGUUUCACCCUGAGGCCCCAAUGACCUUCAGUUCACGCUUGAUUUUCAACGAAAACAACUGCUACUUUCCCUAUCAAGCAAUGAUCACUGCUUGUAAAUGGGAAUAGUGAAAGGAAGCCUAUUUGGUUAAUCCUGAAUUUUAAUUGAUGUACUGGAUCAAUAUUAAUAAAUUGUACUCAUUGAUGA